UCACGCUCAUCGGCGAGGCGACGGCUGCAAAUAAUCUGGUUGGUGGUCGGUGGUCGACCUCGGCAGCUUCUGCAGAACCGAAGUUCUUCCUGCAGAACCGCAGAACUUUGGGGACUUUUUUAUUCAAACUUUUGACCUUCUGAUGCUCUGAGUUCAUCGGUGAAACCAUCAGGGAUGACGCUCCUCGGUCUGGACCGGUUUGGUCACGUCGGCGUUGAAGGCCGUCUCCAGGGUUCCGAGCUAGAGUUGCAGGAUCUAAUUACCUGUUGAGUAACGGAGGGAUUCCUGUUGACGUGACGACCGGGACGGGACAAGGUUCAGAAGCUUUAUCAGUCCUGUGGAAGGAGGCGUCUGGCAGCGGGCCGGACCGGGACAAAGGUGACACAGGUGAGGCGGAAAAGCCGAGGCAGGGGGGAGGAUUAAGCUCAGUACGCCAGCAGCGUUCGGCUGCAGCACAAACCGGACCCCCCCCUCCCCAGAUGGAGCCGCGCCCACACCUGCAGCAGCCCCGAGCGUGAGCCGGGCCGGGCCGGCGGGUCGGGUCAUGUACGUGCUCUGCACCCUCGCCGUGCUGACGCUCCACGGCCUCCUGAGGAGGCUGAGCGACGAGGAGGGCGGCGGGGGCCGGGACGGCCGCCUGGAGGAUGAAGAGCGCAGAGGGGAAGAGAGGCGGGGGCGAGGUGGUGCGUGGAGCGACCCCACCUGCAGGCUGAGAGUCCAGCCGGUCCAGCGGUCCAGCGCUCUGCUCAGCCCUGCGGUCAUGUUCAGCUCAAGAAAGACCUGGGACAUUGGCCACGCCCCCUGCCUGCAGGAGCUCUGGAAGACGGACAUUUCAUUGGACGCCGGCUCGGUGGACUUCUUGAUGAGUGACGGUGAAGAUGAGAGUUCCUUCCUGUCUCUGCCCUCCGCCCCCUUCUCACAGCGCCGCUCUCUGACCGCCGAGCUCAGCGACGCCAACAGCCAGAAGCUGCUCAUUCAGAAGGUGGCCUGGUUCUGCCUGUGGACUCCUGCCAACACUCUGCAGGACAAAGUGUGCGACUUUCAAGCCCGUCUGCGCUCUGAGGAAGUGGCCCGCCACCUGCUGGUGCAGCAGCUGCAGCACAGCGUCCAGCCGAAGGCGGGUGGAGGCGUUCAGGCGCAGCAGGAGGAGCCGCGGUCAGCUGCGCCAAAUGGUGUGAAGCUGCUUCAGCCGAGUGAACCUUGGAGAACUUUCAGCUGUGCAGAAGAAAAGCAGCUUGUUAAGCAGCUGCACUCUCAGGUGAAGGAGCUGGAGGAGAAGCUGCUGGAUCAGACUCAGGAGGUGGAGAGACUCCGCUCUGAGCUGGGGGCGACGGACCUGGAGAAGCAGCUGGAGCGGCUGCUGGUGGAGAACCGACGGCUGAAGCAGGAGCUGAAAUCAUGCAGGUGCUCAGAGCUUCAGAAGGUGGACGCGGCAGAAACCUGCAGCCGCUGCCCCCACAGCCAGGAAGCAGAGGGUCUGCGGCGGGAGGUGUCCCGCUGGGAGAGCCAGGCCCGGCUGGUGGCGCUGGAGAAGGAGCUGCUGGAGAAAAGCUCCAGGGUGGAGGUCCUGCAGCGGCAGCUGGAGGACAGCCGGAGGCAGGCGGACGAGUGGAGGAGCAGGCAGGUGGAGGCGGAACAGAAACUCCGCCUCUGUCUGCAGGAACGGGAGGAGGGACUCGUCAGACAAGAAACGGCGCCCCCCAGAGUACAGACGGUGGAGGUGGAUUCGGCGGGUUCACAGAAAGACCUGGCUGACAUGCAGACGCAGAACGGCGCCCUGCAGGAGCAGCUGUGCGCCCAGCGGCUGCGGCUGCAGGAGCUGGAGACGCAGCUGCACGAGUCGCAGAGGACGUCCACGCAGCUCCGGACUCAGCUGCUCCUCCAUCACAGAAAGGCCGAGGCGGAUGGGAGGGGUCACGGCAAGGGGGCCCACGGGUUACCUAAGAUCCUGGUCUAUGAGGGUGAGAUGGAGCGAGCUCAGGGGCAGCUGGAGGCCGAGAUGCAGAACCUGGAGGAGGAGAAGAACCGCGUCAUCGAGGAGGCCUUCAUCAGAGCCGAGAGCGAAAUGAAGGCCGUGCACGAGAACCUGGCAGGUGUGCGCCUGAACCUGCUGAGCCUCCAGCCGGCGCUCCGGACUCUGACCUCAGACUACAACUGUCUGAAAAGGCAGGUCCAGGACUUCCCCUUCAUGCUGGACAGAGCCAUCACUGAGGCCAAGCAGGAGAUCUGUCAGGUGAUCGGUGAGGUCAGCUCGGCCAACCAGGAGCUGCUGCGUAAAUACCGGCGGGAGAUGAACCUGAGGAAGAAGUGCCACAACGAGCUGGUCCGACUCAAAGGUAACAUCCGCGUCUUCUGCCGCGUCCGGCCCGUCAGCCAGGAGGAGCAGGACUCCGCCGACGCCAAAACGCUGCUGAGCUUUGACUCUGAGGACGACGCCGUCCUCUACCUGUCCAACAAGGGCAAGACCAUGACCUUUGAACUGGACAAGAUCUUCCCGCCUCAGGCCACGCAGGAGGAGGUGUUCCAGGAAGUCCAGUCGCUGGUCACUUCCUGUAUCGACGGCUUCAACGUCUGCAUUUUUGCGUAUGGACAGACUGGCUCUGGGAAAACGUACACGAUGGAGGGCGUGGAAGGCGACCCCGGGAUCAACCAGCGAGCGCUCCGCCUGCUGUUCGACGAGGUGACGGAGAAAGCGCCGGACUGGGACUACAGGAUCACAGUGAGCCUGGUGGAGAUCUACAACGAGACGCUGCGCGACCUGCUGAGGGAAAACCCGACCGACAAGCUGGACAUCAAGAUGAACCCGGACGGCAGCGGGCAGCUCUACGUUCCCGGACUGACGGAGAGGACGGUUCAGAGUCCAGAGGACAUCAACCGGGUGUUCGAGCUGGGUCACGCCAACAGAGCGACGGCGUGCACCAACCUGAACGAGCACAGCUCGCGCUCCCACGCGCUGCUCAUCAUCACCGUGUCGGGAUUCAACGGCGCCACCGGAACCCGGACUCAGGGGAGGCUGAACCUGGUGGACCUGGCCGGUUCGGAGCGGAUCGGGAAGUCCGGCGCCGAAGGGAGCCGUCUCCGGGAAGCUCAGUGCAUCAACAAGUCUCUGUCUGCGCUCGGUGAUGUCAUCAGCGCGCUGCGCGGCAAACACGCCCACGUGCCCUUCAGGAACUCGCGCCUCACCUACCUGCUGCAGGACUCCCUGAGCGGCGACAGCAAAACCCUGAUGAUGGUGCAGGUCUCUCCGUUGCCCGGCAACAUGAGCGAGUCGGUCUGCUCGCUGAAGUUUGCCCAGAGGGUCCGCAGUGUGGAGCUAAGCUCCUCCUCCUCGACCUCCAGGAGGCACGAGAACUCGUCCACCUCGUCCUCGCCGACGCACGACAGCGUUGAGCUGGACUCCCCCCCAGUGACGCCGGUGCCCCUCCCCAUCUCCCGGGCCAGCAGCGCCGGCUCCACCCUGUCCUCCACCUCCAGAACUCCCAGCAGCUCCCGCCGGAGGUCCCAGUCCCAGCUGGCUGCAGGUCUGAGCUGUAAGAGAGGAGGCGUCCCGCUGGCCGUCUGUCCUCCUCCCUCCUCUGUGUCCUCAUUCUGUGGUCUGGUUGGUUGGUUUGCAGACAGACAGGUAGACAGUGGCGGCCCGGUGGUGGGGGACGGCGGGCAGGACGACUGAAGCUGACGGCCUAAAGGACGGACGAAGGGGCAGUUCCCUGCUGGGGCGGUUUCCUGCUGGGGCGGUUCUGUUGGUUCAGGCGCUCCUGCUGCUGAUUGGACCAUGCACUCCUCUUGGCGCCCCCUGCUGGACUGAAGUCUGUCCGUUUCCAGAAUCAGUGUUUUCUUUGAAAAUUUGCACUUUAAGGUUUUAAUUUUUGUUUCCAACACCCCCGUGAAGGAGGUACAUGUUUCGUUUGUCUCUAUUCAGAUUUUGCUUUGAAGUUCUACUUUUUCUUCAUAUUUUGAGAUAAAACUUUUAUUUUGAAAUUGGAGUGGAAAGUUCAGACUUGGAGAACUUUCCAGUUCAGAAGUUUUUCAUUUGAAGAAACUGAGAUUGGUCUCAUGCUGCCUGCCUCUCCUGUAGCUUUCCUUUAACCAAUCAGGGUACUUCGCUAAUGCCAGACUGUCCAAUCAGAGCAAUACGAGGAAUUGAUCUCGUGUCCGAGCCGGUUUCUUCUUCUGCAGUUUGUGUGCUUUUUUUUGUAUUUCCUUUUUAAUAAAACAUUCCACCACGA